AUGUCCUCAGCUGCAUCUUUCUUAGACUCCGUUCGGCAGGCGAUUGAAGCACAAGUAUCAAACGAGUUCAGAACAGACACUGCUCCAGUUUCCGCGAGAGCUACACAGACUAGAACUCGGCGACUUCAAUACGUGCUGCCUCCUCGGAAAGUAUCAGAUGAGCUCCAAGAAAACUAUUGGAAUUUUGUUUAUCCACUUUAUCCCUUCGUCGCCAGGAAAACGUUCGACCAAAUAUACAGGUCACUUUGGGAGAGCGCUCCUCUGCCAGACACCCAUUCGCAUCUCAUGCGCCUUGACGAGAGUGCUUCUAUGGCAACGCUGAAUCUUGUCCUUGCUCUUGGCUGUCAGUAUUGUGUCCAAAACGAGCCUGGAGAGGCACAUGAAGAGGCCGAGGUCUUCUUUGAAAGAGCACAUGCGUUAGUGCCUUAUGAUCCUACUGACACGAGUGUUCUCUCGUUACAAUUUGUCCAAGUGAUGCUGCUGAUGGCACAAUACUUGAUUGGAACCGGAAAAUCUCACAAAGCUUGGGGAAUCAUCGGCGUGGCUCUCCGCGCCUGCCACCACCUUGGCAUCCAUCGCAUCGCUAUCUCGCUGCGGAAUCCCUUGAACGACCAAGACAGAGAGUGGGUGAGGAGGAUCUAUCUUGGCUGUGUAACCCUCGAGAGGAUUGUCUGUAUGAAUUUGGGUCGACCUGCCAUGAUAACAGUUUGUAAUGACUGUCCGACUCUUCUCCCUUUGCAGACCGAAGAUGGAAAUUUUAACGUGAUAAGUCCGAGUGAUCCGUCCGCCGAACCGUCUGUUCUAGCAUUCUUUGUGGUAUCCACAAAACUCUACGACAUUGCGCAGCAGAUUCUCCUUUCAUUCUAUUCGGAAGAGAAACCUGAUGUGGCCCGAGGCUAUCAUCGAUAUUUCGAAGGGAACCCUUCCGUCUUGAAGCUUGACAGAAAGCUCCAGGAGUGGUGCGAUGACAUUCCUGCAAACUUGGAGUUUCGCAGUGGUACGUCGAUAGCACAGGCUCAGAACGACUUGGCGGUCACGAUCCGGCGACAGGCAAUUGUUCUCCGUCUGAGAUAUCUCCAAGUCAGAAUUUACCUAUUCCGUCCAGUAUUUGCCACACUUUGUGUCUCUCAAUCUGCACCCACCUCUGAGAACCCUAGUGGAAGACCAUGUGGCGAAGACUUGAACUAUCGUGUUGCUUUACAGUGCUGUGUUCUCUGUGUGAAAGCAGCCAAGGAGCUUAUCGAAAUCAUGCACAAUAACUUGACCACAACGAGAAGCUGGGGCAGAAAGCCUGCGUGGCUAUAUGGAACUCUUCAUGUGUACCUUUCUGCCACGGUCCUACUGGCGGCUCGUUUCCGACCUGUUGUCACUCUAGGGGCUAUAUCGGACAGUGAGCUUCAACUCUCAUGGCAGAUGGCGAUGGAAAUACUUCAAAGUUUCCAGAACGACAAUAUUUCCGCACAAAGAUGCGUGUUUGCUCUUCGCACCCUUUAUGGCAGACUUUGGUUGUCUGCCGAUACCCAUGUUGUGACUGGUAACGAGAAUUUCCAGAUGCAAACUCGACUUCCAAACAACAACUUGGUUGGGAAUGGCCAGGUACAGAGCUUUCAACCUACUGAUGGAGCGUUGAGCGAUCAGGUUGCCUUGGAUGGACAAGAAAUAUCUCAAGUGUUCGAAUGGGCUGAUUUAUUCGAUGCAUUCGAUCCAUCCGAUCUUUCCUGGUUGAAUGUUGUUCCGGGCGACCUCUUGGCUUGA